CGCGACCGCACGUACAAAAUGGCGCUGGAUGACUCGAGUGAAGUAUCAAAGGUCAUUUACUUGUGAGAUUGAUAAUUAAUUUUUCAUCUCGACGGGCACAAUUAGCGGUUACACAUUCCAUCCACCGAAUAUAUGCAGUUUUGGUCGUGACACGUCCUAUCCCCGGACGGAUUCUUCGGCGAGGAGGGAGACAUGAAUACAUUAUGGAGGUGUUAGAAUUAUUUAAUAAGUUCAACGAGAAUCUGGGAUCAUAUAUAUUUUCAAGAUGGAUUGGAAACUUUAUAGAGGAAUACCAGACAUCAAGGACAAUCUUUAUUAUUGCUACGACUUUAUUCCUUAUUUUCUUAAUUGCAUCCAUUUUUGUGCUACGCAAAUGGAAGAACAAAGAAUUCUUGCCAGAGGUAAAGGAGUUUGUUGGGGUAGGCACUGGAAAGCCAAGAUUCAGAAAGAGAGACAAAGUUCUCUUUUAUGGCAGAAAAAUGUUGCGCAAAGUGAAAUCCAUCGGUGGUCAAGUACAUGCUACUGGACAAGGGAAGAAGAGAAGAGCAGUUAUGAGAUUUGCUCGUCGAUUGUUGCAACUUAAAAAGGAAACUGCCCCACAACAACUUAAAGUAUUAGAACCACCGGCUGAAUAUCUGGAAGAAGAUUUGGGGCCUGGUGAGAGAGUACCACCAGAUGCUCUAUAUAUGUUGCAAAGUAUUAGAGUUUUUGGCCACUUUGAAAAACCUGUGUUCCUAAAAUUAUGCAAAUACACAGAAAUUAUGAAUUUACCUGCUGGCAGUACUUUGUUCAAAAUUGGGGACCCCGACGAGAAUUUAUUUAUAGUACAGCAAGGUUUAGUCAAUGUAUAUAUUACUGGACCUGAUGGUUCUCAAAUAUCAUUGAAAGUGGUCAAAACAGGUGAAUCAGUUACCAGUCUUCUUAGUUUUACCGAUGUACUUACUGGGCAUACAAGUACAUACAAAACUGUAUCAGCAAGAGCUGUAGAAGAUUCUGUUGUAGUGAAGUUACCAAUGAGCGCAUUUCAAGAAGUAUUUCAAGAUUAUCCUGACGCCUUUGUUCGAGUUAUUCAGGUCAUUAUGGUACGUCUGCAGAGAGUUACCUUUACUGCUUUGCAUCAGUAUCUUGGUCUUUCCGCGGAAUUAGUUAAUCAAGGAUCACAUAAGAAGAAGCAGAGUCCCUUUUCUGGUUCACCAGUACGGUCAAGAACUAGAGAGAAUUUUGCUUCACAGAAUACUGAGAUUAUAUCUAGUGCAUUACCGAUUGGUGUAUCGGAAAUACAUGAUACUAGUGAGAUUUCUAAUCGCGACGCAUCUAAUACAAGUAGUUCUCAACCUGUGCCUAUAGUCAUGAAUCGACGGGCGAGAAAUAGUAUUGAUUGGAAGAAUCAGGGUCCCAAUUUGCCAGGCCCGAAUUCGCCAGAUAUGGUACCGGAAUGUGAUUCUCAUUGGCCAACUCCACCUACGGCUCAGUCCACGCAUGGCUCACAUCCGGAAGUCUCUCAUUCGGGAAGUACUUAUUCUAGCAAAAAGCGUCAGGUCAACGAAGCAGUGCAACAACAGCAACAACAGCUGGAUGAAACACAGCUUGUGCAAAUAGCUACUGACGCUUUCGUUCGUGAACUCGGUAUAGAGGAUGAAACAGUGCUUAAAGACAAGGUGCAGAUCAGGGAAGUGCCGGCUGGUACUUACUUGAUGAAAGAAGAGUCUCAUAAAGAUGUCGCGCUUGUGUAUGUGCUUUCGGGUUCACUGAUAGUAAGUCAGCGCGUAUCGGAGGGUCGAGAUGCUGGUCAAGAAGUACAUAUGUUUAGCGCUCAUCAAGGUGAAAUUGUUGGUGGUUUAGCGGUAUUAACCGGUGAACCAUCCUUUUAUACAAUAAGAGCAAAGCAUGCCAGUCGUAUUGGAUUACUUAGUAAAUUGACAUUCUUCGCCAUUAUGCGUGAUCAACCUACGGUUGUAUUGCACGUGGCACAUACCGUUGUUCGUAGAUUAAGCCCUUUCGUAAGACAGGUGGAUUUUGCUCUCGACUGGUUGUUUCUUGAAAGCGGACGAGCCGUUUAUAGACAAGGGGAUGAAUCAGAUUCGACAUUUAUUGUAUUGAGCGGACGUUUACGAUCGGUAAUCACUUAUAAAAACGGCAAGAAAGAACCAGUAGCAGAAUAUGGAAAGGGUGAUUUAGUAGGAAUCGUAGAAAUGGUUACGCAGACUCCAAGAUCGACAACAGUUAUGGCGGUUCGAGAUUCCGAACUAGCAAAACUGCCGGAAGGUUUAUUUAAUGUGAUUAAACUCAGAUAUCCCAUUGUUGUCACAAGAUUGAUAAAUCUUCUUGGCCAUCGCAUACUCGGUACCUGGCAACAAGCACACACGAAAAAUGGAAACAAUGAUACUCAACGAGCGGCUGCAACUGUUGAUGCUAGACCCGCGCAAGUAAAUUUCUCAACUGUUGCUAUAGUACCCGUAUCGGAUGAUGUACCACUGACUGCGUUCACUUACGAAUUAUAUCAUUCUUUAUGUGCCAUUGGAUCUUGCCUCCGUCUAACGUCAGAUGUUGUAAGAAAGACUUUAGGAACAACUAUUAUGGAGCCUGCGAACGAAUAUCGGUUAACUUCUUGGCUCGCGCAGCAAGAGGAUCAACACAGAAUUUCUCUGUACCAAUGUGAUUCAAGUUAUACACUAUGGACUCAACGGUGCGUGAGACAGGCUGAUUGCAUUCUUAUAGUGGGUUUGGGCGAUCGACCGCCAUCGAUUGGUCGAACGGAACGCGAGAUAGAACGACUAGUAAUGCGAACGCAGAAAGAACUUGUGCUAUUACACAAGGAACAGAAUGGUCAAGGACCCACAAACACCGUUCAGUGGUUGAACAUGAGAUCAUGGGUAUCCAGUCAUCAUCAUAUCCAGUGUCCAAAACGGAUGUUCACUAGAAGAUCGCAAUAUAGAAUUAAUGAAUUGUAUUCCAAAGUGCUCAUGUCUGAGCCAAACGUGCACAGCGACUUCAGUAGACUGGCACGAUGGCUGACCGGCACUUCGGUCGGUCUCGUCCUAGGCGGAGGUGGUGCAAGAGGUGCUGCUCAUAUAGGCAUGCUCAAAGCUAUCAUCGAAGCAGGUAUACCCAUAGAUAUGGUCGGUGGUGUCAGCAUUGGUGCCUUUAUGGGUGCAUUAUGGUGUAUGGAGAAAAACAUCACUACUACCACGCAAAAAGCUAGAGAAUGGUCUAAGAAAAUGACGCAAUGGUGGCGUCAAAUUAUGGACUUGACUUACCCAAUGACUUCAAUGUUCUCCGGUAAAGAUUUCAAUAAAACGAUACAACAGACUUUCGGCGACACGUAUAUAGAGGAUUUGUGGCUCCCAUAUUUCACUAUAACCACAGACAUCACGGACUCUUGUAUGCGCACGCAUAGACACGGUUUACUAUGGAGAUAUAUUCGCGGCAGCAUGAGUAUCGCGGGGGUCUUUCCUCCGAUUUGCGAUCCCCUUGACGGGCAUCUUUUGGUCGACGGGUGUUAUGUUAAUAACGUGCCAGCUGACGAAAUGUUGCGGCAAGGAGCACAUCACAUUCUGGCCAUCGAUGUCGGUUCGCAGGAUGACACAGACUUAACUAAUUACGGGGACUCGUUGUCUGGUUGGUGGUUAUUGUGGAAACGAUGGAAUCCAUUUGCCACACCCGUAAAGGUGCCAAACUUACCAGAUAUCCAGUCCAGACUAGCGUACGUGAGCUGCGUACGCCAGCUGGAGGAAGUGAAAAGCUCGGAUUACUGCGAGUACAUUAGGCCGCCAAUUGACAAAUACAAGACUCUUCAAUUUGCCAAUUUUGAUGAGAUUAAAGAUGUAGGCUAUCAACACGGAAAAACGUAUUUCGAGGGUCAAUCGAAAGCCGGAGUUCUGCCUCGAUUCAAUGCGGAUCGAGAAAAUGCGAGAGCUAUGCGAGCGAAGCAUCAAGCGGCUAAUCAACAAUCACCCUCUUCAUACACUUUCACCGAUCUUGCGCAGAUGGUGUGUAAAGUUUCGCGUGGUAAUCGAUACGUCGAUCUCGACAUAGAUUCAGAUUCGGACGAACUCGAGGAAUACGAAGCGGAUCUAGAAGAAGAUGCACAAGAAGUAGGAUACGCAUCUGAACCCACUGCCGGUAUUUUAGAUCAGAGCCCCGAGGAUAAUCGCCUGAGGCGGAGAACUGGCGUUUCACUUAGUCUAUCUGACACCGAGGCAGAGUCAGAACUAGAAUACCAUCCAAAGAUCUUUUGAAGACUUGUUUACAAUUAUUCAUAAUAUCGUAUUUUACUGCGUUCAACAAAAUAAAUUCAGCACAAUUUUUUCGCAGAUAUACAACUUCACAAUUCGUAUACAUUGACAUUACGCGUGAUUUAUAUACUUCAAAGUACAAAAGCAAUUCUUGCGAAAAAUAUGAUCAUGAAAAUGUCGCUCUGAAAUUACAUCACAAUGUAUAUCACUUAUAAAUAAUUGUUAUUAUUAAAUAUAUGUUAAAUAUAUAAUUCUAUUUCUAAAAAAAAUUUUUUUAGCAUUAUAAUCUAUUAUAAUCUUGCACAUGUCCUAAUAUAUCAGGUCUCAUAU